AUGAUGUGGAACAGUGUGUGGAUGCUGAGCAUGCUGGGCUCGAUGCCCUUAGCCUCUGCAAACCCGGUGGUCGCUCGUCAGGGCCCUCCCCUGUCGAUGUCGGUCUCGACUAUUGUGGGACCACCCACUCAUACCUUUCCUACUUCCCAGCCACAUACCCCGUUCUCCGGAACUCCAUCGACUACUGGAGCUUUAACUGCCACCUCGAUUGGAACAGGCAUCGUUGCGUCAUCCACGAUCGCCGCGGCGGAAACUACCUACCGCUCUAAUGGUCAACUUCAAAACGCUGAACCUGCUCCGUAUGUCCCAGCCGGAGGGGUUGGCACCAAUGGCUCCAUUCCUGUUUAUAACGCCAAGAGUGACUUUGAUUAUGAGUCUUUGGCACUUGCUCUUUAUCAAGAAUGGAUUGAGCUGGACCUGUUCAAUGAUGGACUGAGACGCUUUUCCGCUCAAGAUUUCAAGGAUGCUGGUCUCAACCAAGCCGACCGUGAUCUCAUUGCUUUCAUGGCCGAGCAAGAGGUUGGACAUGCGACCCUGAUUAGCAACAUGCUCGGUGCCCAAGCUCCUCAACAGUGCCAGUACAACUACCCGUACACCAACGUGAGGGAGUAUCUCGAUUUCUGCCAGAAGUUAACUCGCUUCGGCGAAUCCGGUGUCUAUGGAUUCUUGGCCCACCUCGAUUCGAGAGAGGCUGCUACUCUUCUCACCCAAUCCAUCACGACCGAGGCACGGCAGCAAAUGAUCUUCCGCCAGUUCCAGGGUCUCUUCCCUAUGCCAGUGUGGUUUGAGGUCGGUGUGCCGCAGUCCUGGGCCUGGACUCUACUGGCUCCGUUCAUCAGUUCUUGUCCUGCCAAUCAGACUCGCCUGGCGUGGGCUAAUUUCCCGGGCCUGACCAUUCUUAACCAGCCCAGUCUUUCUGGGGUUGGUGGGACCACCAAGAGUAACGCAACCGGACUCAACUCUACUACCGGACAGGGCAAUACUUUGGGACCUGGCGUGAAUGUUGCCAAUUCCAGUUCAGCCACCAAUUCUACUAACUGGAAUAGUGAUGCUGGAGCACUUGUUACUCCUAACAAGUAUACUCCUCUCUCGUUCCCCGGUCGCACGGUCUCUUUGAAGUGGGAGACACCCGGCAAGUCGGUUGGUCCGAACAAUAGCUAUGUGACCUCUACCCAGGCUGGCAGUCCCAAGUACGUUGCUUGGGUGUCGCAGCUGAACGUGACCUACACGCCUUUGAAUGUUUCCGGUAAUACUGGCUUUACCACUCAGCCCGACCUGGAGACCUACCAAGGUGACCCUGCUAUCAACGGCACCAUGUUCAUCGCUAUCACUGAUUCCGACCCCUUCUUGACCCCAUUCAACUUGAGCAUGAUCAACUCACAUGUCGUUGCUGGACCUGCUUUGUACCAGGCUGGAUAA